AUGAGGAGAGCAGCUUCGCCUUCAAAGGCGCAAGCCAAAGGGUCUUGGACACCUGCCAAGAGACCUCGUCCAGACGAUUCGGGCGCUGUUCUCAAGACCCCGUUCAAACCUCUCAGUGGGCUCGAUAACAGGAGCAAACCCCUUCCGACAACACAUCCUACUACGUUCACCUCUGUAACCGUGUCUGGAACUCAAGCGUCACAACGAGAAAGCGAUACGCCCUCUACCCCCUCUGCUGCCACCGCUGCCUCCUCCGCUGCCCGGGAGUUGCGCACAAUGAGCACGUCCGAUAUGCAAGAGGAGAUUGACGAGCUUGAGCUCAUCCUCAGCGAUCGACUAGCAAGGCACAAUGCAGCCCGCACGGCCAAAGGCUUACCUGAACAGCAACCCAAGCAAAUUGUCGCCGAGUACACGCAGCUCUUGAACCAGUACAACAGCGUCAAGGACGCAGCUCAGCUCAUCUUUGACAAGAUCGCCGAGAUCGAACAACUCCCAGCGCAAGCCAUCUUCGCCAGGUACGGCGUAGGCGAAGGCGAAACUUGA